AACAGAUGUCUCUUCGCGAUCUCCCAACCUAUCGAUCACUUCCCUAUCUACCCACUUUCCACCAUCACGUCGUACCGGUGUGUGUAGUAUACCCAACAGAUAUCAGCCUCCAGCCGAGAGAAUACGACCAGAUCCGAACACGCUUUGAUGGAUUCUUGUGCGGAAGGCCCUUCAGUUUUCCUCUCCCUUCCUCUCCCUUCACUGUGUCUUUCCAAACCUCCAGGGUCCCCCGGCCCGUCCAAGGCCUGAGCCACGCUCAUACCAACCGCUACUACGCUCCCUCCAUCCCGACCUUCGUCCUCGAUACCCACCCAGCCAUCGCUUGUUAUCCCGGAUCUCCCCUCAGCAACCGCUCGAGUAGCAGCAGUUGCUCUAGAACCGCAUCCCAUUCACUUCUCGACCAUUCAAUCCAGCGCGACAGAGUAACGUGUCUGGUCCGAAGCUUGACACGCCCGCGCCUCCAUCUAGCUAGCUAACCCAUCGUAUCGUGAAUUUCCGACCAGAUAACCGUCCGAGAUAGCAUCGUACCCCAUCUCGAAAUCCCCACUGAAAUCCCCGCGACCCCGUCGGAAGACUCGCCUAUAACAAGUGAGCCCAUAGCCACAGUCGCCGCUACCAGCCAUGGCUUUCCUCGAAGACCCUCGUCUUCGCCAGCGGUGGAAUCAGAUCUCCCACACGACAGAGACGGUGACCGAAAACGCAGCCGCAGGCAUCUGGAGCUUCGGGCACACCUACAUUACCCCAUGUCUAACGUCCGUCUCGUCGGCGAUAGACAGCUGCACCUCUGUUUGCCUCGGCGAUCACGAAGAGCGCGCGCGCCGGGCGAGGGAACGCCAACGCUCCCGAGGGAGGGCCGAGUACAGCUUCGACUUCUACGACGACUGGGACGAGGAGCUGGGCGGUGGGGAAGAUGGCGGGGGACUCCUGGGCGGAUGGCGGAGUGAAGACUGGGACCACCUGCUGGCCGGCACCGGGAAGAGGAGGGCCGGGGGCGAGAUACACGAACAGCCGGCGAGCCGGAAACGAGCGAUGAGUUACGGCACAAAAAGUUCUCGCAGGAAGCCUAGCGCCGAGGAAGACCCUACCAUCAUCCCGAGCACAGCACCUCUCGGAUUUUUAGGUCGCCUACCAUUCAAGAUUGGUGGCACUUUGAGAUACAAGCCUAGCGCAGCCAACCUCCAGGAGCACCCUGGCGCGUCGAGGUCGGGACUAGACGCGGAACGAGCGCCGUUGCUGGGCGAAAACGAAGACGUGGCUCACGGCGAAGAAUCUUCGCGGCAGAGCAGGAAGCGCAGCGGGACGGUGGGUAGCGGGGACACGAGCGACUCGUACAGGUCGAGAGGUGAUCUAUUUCCGAGCGACGAGGAAGGAGAGGAAGAUGCUGUGCCACUAGAUGACGAAUUCACCAUCGCGCUAGACCAUGCCGACGACCGCGCAAGCAAUAAGACGAAAAGUAGUAAAGGGAAGAGAUUAGCCGAUCAAAGGAUACCGAGGAGCGUCUCAAGGACGACGAUCGACUCGACUCGACCGUCACUACGGCCUAACCCGGGUUCGAGCUCGGAUCGGCCGGAAAGCCCGGUACUACACGCAGCAUCCUCGCUAGAAGAUAUGAGGCUGGAAGAAGAACGGCUAGAGAGAGAGGAGAGCGCAGCGAUCGAGAAGAAGAGGCAGGCAGCGGCGAACUUGGCCCUCCGGCGCGGGUUGAGCCGAGAGAACCUCGCGAUUGAAUCCGUCCGUGAAGUUAAGUCGGAACUCUUCAAAGUAGCGAAGCUCCCGGAGCCAGAGGAGGCGAUACUAGAUGAGGCUACAGACGACGAACAAGACCCGGUCGAGGUGGAGGCCAGGUCUGGGGAACUGAAGCAUCAUCCGAUCUCGCAUCAGUUGCCUCCAAACGACCCGCCACAAGAAGGGUUUGUGCCGGCGCGGCUCCCGUAUUUCCGAUGAUGAUGGGUCUCCAUUUAUCAGGCAGCGAUAACCGUCCCGUCCAAAUCAACUCCUCCUCGCAGAUAUGGAACACUACAGCCAUAUCUAGGAUCGUCGGCUCAAACCAGCACGUAGAAGGGGGAUUUACACCAGAUAAGGCGUAGUGACGCUUUGCAACAAAUGUAUCGCACUUGAACUACAUGCUGCGCGAAUCUGCCUCAUCACUACGAUAGAUGCUGCGAGAAGCCUGCCGAUUCCUCAAUUCAGCUUCGCCUAAGCGACCUAAGAUCAGCCGGUGCAUUUCUGUGCAGUGGGCCAUACCAUGAGUUACCAUUAAGAGGACGAGAAGAGAUUGAGGGAGUGAAGAAAAGAGGGCAGGGGCGCAGCGGGGAGGAUGAAGCAGGGAGGGGACGCACGCAAAGGCGUAGUAUGAGAGGCGCGAAGUGUAUGAUGCCGCAGCCAUGUUAGUGAUGGUUGGCAAUAGGAUGUGUUUAAGAAGUUCAAAUUCUUCAACUAGGGAGAUGCGCCAUCCGGAAUCACGACACUGACGGCAUGUCGACGACGACGGUACUAUAUAGACGGGGUAUAUAUAGUAGUAAUACUACCUAUGAGAUACGAGAGAACGGGACGGUAACGAGGGCGCGCCGCUAGAGAGAGCAGCUCUUGGUCCGGCUACGAUACAACAGAACUGAACUCGACAGAACUAGAACUAGUCACGUAACCUACGAGACGAGAUCACAGAAAUAUGAG